AUGUUUAUCAGGCGAUUCAGACAAAGAGACUCAAAGGGCGAAAGAGAACGAUCGAGCUGUGUGUGGAUAUAUCUUGUCUUCGUGCUGCUGGAUUGUUACUGGGAAAAGGUUUCUGGGCAGCUCUCUUACUCCGUCUCAGAGGAGGUGAAUCUGGGGACUGUUGUCGGAAAUAUCGCGAAAGAUCUGAGCAUUAGUGUCCAGGAUUUGGAGCCCCGCAUGUUUCAGAUCGUUGCUGGAUCAAAGAGGAAAUAUUUCGAGGUAAAUCUAAAAACUGGAGCCCUCUAUGUUAACGAGAGAAUAGAUCGAGAGGAGCUUUGCGGUGAUGAGCCCAAAUGCUCGCUCAGUGUAGAAGCUGUUAUUAAUAACCCUCUGAAACUGUACCGUAUUGAACUGUUAAUAUUAGAUGUCAACGAUAAUUCCCCUUCAUUUGAACGCACGUCGCAGGUAAUCAACGUAACUGAGAACACGGCAGUAGGGGCAAAAUUUCCUCUGCAUCAAGCACACGAUGCGGACGUGGGGAAAAAUUCCGUAAAUACCUACAAGCUGAGUCAAAAUGAACAUUUUUCAUUGACUACACAUAAAGAAGAGGGUGUAACUCCUGAGUUGGUGCUUCAGACAGUUUUAGACAGAGAAAAACAGUCUGUGAUUAAGCUCACACUGACUGCCAUAGAUGGAGGAACACCUGCUAAAUCCGGAAGUAUGACUAUAAUAAUCAAUGUGUUAGAUAUUAAUGACAAUCCUCCGGUUUUCAGCCAAAGGUUGUAUAAAGCCAGAGUCUAUGAAAAUGUUAAAAUAGGCACAUCAAUAAUUACACUGAAUGCCACUGAUUUAGAUGAAGGACAAAAUGGAAAAGUGAUUUAUUUAUUCAGUGAAGUCGGUCAGGGGAAAAAAACUGAUUUGUUUUCUAUAGACAAACAAACAGGAACUGUAACGAGUACAAGGAAUAUUGAUUUUGAAGAAAAUAAUGCUUUUGAACUUCGAGUGCAAGCCUUUGACAGCGCAGUUUUUCCCAUGAGUUCACAUGCUAAACUACUGGUUGAAGUAUUAGACGUUAAUGACAACGCACCUGAAAUUUCAGUCACAUCGCUGUUGAACACUGUUAAAGAGGACGCAUCAGUUGAAACAGCCAUUGCUCUUGUUUCAGUAUUUGAUAAAGAUGGAGGUAAAAAUGGGAUGGUGACGUGUAAAAUUUCCAAUAACGUUCCUUUUAAAUUGGAGUCAAAUUAUAAGAAUUCAUAUUCAUUAGUUGUGGACGGUCCUCUUGACCGAGAGACUGCACCUCAGUACAACAUCAGCAUCACUGCUACUGAUGAGGGCAGCCCACCUCUCUCCAACACGAGUGUUAUAACUGUUCAUGUGUCAGAUGUAAAUGACAACAAACCUCAGUUUUCAGAAGGUGUGAUCAACGUCUACGUGAAAGAAAACAGUCCAGUAGGAGCAGUUAUUAAAACAGUGACAGCAGCUGAUGCAGACAUUGAUCGAAAUAGUCAAGUGAGCUAUUCCUUUUUAAGAAGCAGCAGUGACUCAGUGCCACUAUCUACAUUGUUAAACAUCAACUCAGAGACUGGAGACAUAAUGUGUCUUCAGUCUUUUAACUAUGAGGAGUUAAAAACUUUCCAAUUUAAAGUUCAGGCCACAGACUCUGGUGUUCCUACACUCAGCAGUAACGUGACUGUCAAUAUUUUUAUCCUGGAUGAAAAUGACAACAGCCCCAUGAUUCUCGCGCCAUAUUCUGAGGACGGCUCUGUAAACAGUGAGAGCAUCCCCUAUUCUGCUGAAGCGGGAUACUUUGUGGCAAAGAUCAGGGCUGUAGACGCGGACUCUGGAUACAAUGCGCUUCUUUAG